UGUGGGCGGUGUCAUCGCCGCCCACCCGCACGUUUCCCAACCCAGCGUCUAUAAACGACUCUUCCCGAUCUGGCCUCUCGCUUCCUCGCCGCCGGCGCCGCGAUAUCUGCGUCUCUCUCAUCCAGAUCUAGGAAUCAUUUAUAUCUUGCAGUUGUGAUAAGGGAUCCAUGGCUGCAUCAGAGGAAAACAGCUCUUUGUUCCCAAUCUUCAUACUUACGAUCAUGGCAAUACCUAUAGUGCCUUACACGAUCCUCAGGUUAUCCCGUGCUUUUACAAGGAAAACAAAGAGCAUCCACUGCCAAUGCGAUGUAUGUUCACGAUCAGGGAAGUACCGAAAAUCCAUUUUCAAACGGAUCUCAAACUUCUCGACGUGUAGCAAUCUAACACUUCUGCUGCUUUGGGUCAUAAUGGGGAUCCUGGUUUAUUAUAUUAAACACAUAAGCCGUGAGAUUCAACCAUUCGAACCGUUCAGCAUCCUAGGACUAGAUCCUGGAGCCUCCGAUUCGGAAAUAAAAAAGGCAUAUCGAAGACUGUCGAUUCUGUAUCAUCCAGAUAAAAAUCCUGAUCCAGAGGCCCAUAAGUAUUUCGUGGACUUUAUAUCCAAGGCAUAUCAAGCACUGACUGAUCCUAUUUCUCGUGAAAAUUUUGAGAAGUAUGGCCAUCCAGAUGGCAGACAGGGACUUCAAAUGGGGAUUGCUUUACCUCAGUUCUUACUGAACUUUGAUGGGGCAUCUGGUGGAGUACUAUUGCUUGGCAUUGUUGGAGUUUGCAUACUUUUGCCUUUAUUGAUAGCGGUUAUAUAUCUCUCAAGGUCAUCAAAAUAUACUGGAAAUUAUGUUAUGCAUCAAACCUUGUCCACAUACUACUAUUUCAUGAAACCAUCUUUGGCUCCAAGCAAGGUUAUGGAUGUCUUCAUCAAGGCUGCAGAAUAUAUGGAAAUGCCAGUUCGCAGAAGUGAUGAUGAACCCCUUCAGAAACUGUUUGUAGCAGUUAGAAGUGAACUGAAUCUUGACCUUAAGAACAUCAAGACAGAGCAAGCAAAGUUUUGGAAGCAGCAUCCUUCGCUAGUUAAGAUGGAAUUAUUGAUCCAAGCCCACUUAACUCGUGAAUCAACUUUGCUAUCUUCAUCACUACUGAAUGAUUACAGACGAAUGCUAGAACUUGCACCUCGUCUUCUUGAAGAGCUAGUAAAGAUUGCUGUAAUACCACGUAGUCCCCAUGGCCAUGGAUGGCUGAGGCCAGCAAUUGGUGUAGUUGAACUUUCACAAUGCAUCAUCCAGGCGGUACCACUAAGUGCAAGGAAAGCAACUAGUGGAAACCCUGAAGGCAUAGCACCUUUCUUGCAGCUUCCUCAUUUUACUGAGUCUACUGUCAAAAAAAUUGCCCGCAAGAAAGUGAAAAUGUUUCAAGAACUGCGAGACAUGACUGUUGCGGACCGUGUGGAGCUGCUGACUCAGUUUGCUGGGCUUUCUGACACUGAAGUACGUGAUGUCGAGCAUGUACUCGAAAUGAUUCCCUCGAUCGCUGUAGACAUCACAUGUGAGACUGAAGGGGAAGAAGGCAUACAAGAGGGUGACAUCGUCACGAUGUAUGCUUGGGUGACACUGAGGCGUGGUAACGGCUUGAUAGGUGCCCUUCCUCAUGCCCCCUAUUACCCGUUCCCCAAGGAGGAGAACUUUUGGUUGCUGCUUGCUGAUCCCGUCUCAAAUGAUGUUUGGAUAUCGCAAAAGGUGAGUUUUAUGGAUGAGGCAGCCGCCAUUGCGGGCGCAUCAAAGGCAAUUCAAGAAACAAAAGAGAGUUUGGGUGCAAGUGUGAAAGAAAUCAGUGCUGCCGUGAGAGAAGCUGUCGAGAAGGUGAAGAGUGGGUCGAGAGUGGUGAUGGGCAAGUUCCAGGCUCCUGCCGAGGGGAACUACAAUCUGACCUGCUUCUGCCUGUGCGAUGCAUGGAUAGGUUGCGACAGGAAGACGAACCUUAAGCUGAAGAUUCUGAAGCGAAGCCGAGCAGGUACAAGGGGCCACAUCGCGGAGGAAGGGCCGACGGCAGAUGAGGGCAUCGAAGAAGAGGAAGAAGAGGAGGAAGAAGAGUACGAUGACUAUGAGAGCGAGUACAGCGACGAUGAGGACGACGAGAAGGAAAAGAAAGGUAAAGUUGCAAACGGCAUUGCCAAUAAGAAAGAAGAGUCAACUCCAGAAGGUUCAGGCAGCGACGAGGAGUGAAGAACUCUAUUUACAAAGUUUUCAUUAAUUCAUCCUGUAGAUCAAAUUGUGGGCUCUUGUCCGAAUCAUGCCAACAUUAAUGCUUUAAAAUUCACUUUCAUAUACACUGGUUUACGAUU